AUAGUAUGGCGUUAAGCAUCUGGUUGAUCGCUUCUACUCUACUUAUCCUCCGCUCGGCGAUGGCGUCACCACCCCAUACCACCCACCAUCAACCACAUUCUCAUUCUACAAUCAGUGAUGGAGAUCGGCCGGCUUACAUGGAGUUUGUGGUUAACGCCACCCAUUUUCCCCUACAAGACAAUACCUUUGAUUACAUAAUAGUCGGGGGAGGCACUGCUGGUUGUCCUCUUGCAGCCACAUUAUCAAAAAACUACAGAGUAUUGCUUCUUGAAAGAGGUGGUGUCCCGUUCACAAACCCUAACGUCAUGACUCGUGAAGGUUUCCUUUCAACCCUCACCGCCCAACAAUCCUUUGAUUCCCCUGCCCAGCCCUUUGUUUCUGAGGAUGGUGUUCCCAAUGCCCGUGGUCGCGUUCUUGGUGGCAGCAGCUCCAUCAAUGCUGGUUUCUACAGUCGUGCUGACCAAGAUUUUUAUACAAGGUCCGGCAUCAAUUGGGGCGGUGGCUCCCUCAUCCAGCGUGCUUAUGAAUGGGUCGAGAAAGCUAUUGUGUUUCAACCCCAGUUACAAACAUGGCAAUCUGCUGUUCGUGAUGGUUUAUUGGAAGCCGGUGUUGAACCCUUUAAUGGUUUUACCCUUAAUCAUACCCUUGGUACCAAGAUUGGUGGUUCCACCUUUAACAGCUCUGGUCACAGACAUAGUGCUGCUGAUCUUUUGAACUUUGCAGCCAACCCAUCCAAUAUCAAAGUUGCUCUGUAUGCCACUGUCCACAAGGUUUUAUUUGCUCCUUCCUAUUCUUUGACGUCCAGGAAGGUAGCUACCGGGGUUGUGUUUCAUGAUCUCCUUGGUGGCUAUCAUCAUGCCAUGCUUCGGGAUCAUCAAAACGGUGAGGUCAUUCUCUGUGCAGGUGCCAUUGGCACCCCUCAGCUGCUUCUAUUGAGCGGCAUUGGUCCACGCCCUUAUCUUUCUUCUUGGGGGAUACCCGUUGUUCGUCAUUCUCCAUAUGUUGGAAAUUAUAUGUAUGACAACCCACGCAAUGGCAUAUCGAUUGUCUCCCCUGUUCCAGUCGAACAUUCUCUUAUACAGGUUGUGGGGAUCACCAAUUCUGGUGCUUUUCUUGAAGCAGCUUCCAAUGUUCUUCCUUUUUCAGCUCCUGCAUACUCUGUCUUCCUUCGAUCCUCCACUUCUCCCUUGUAUCUUACUGUUGCUAGCAUCAUGGAGAAGAUUAUCGGUCCCCACUCUUAUGGGACGCUACGGUUGGCAUCCACAGAUGUGAGAACCAACCCCCUUGUGCGCUUUAACUACUUCAGUCACCCUGUUGAUCUGGAGAGGUGUGUCAAUGGGACCCGCAAGAUUGGAGACUUGCUUAGAAGCAGCUCCAUGGAUGAUUUCAAGUUUGGGGAAUGGUCUGGUACUACCAAUUUCAGAUUCGUGGGUCCUGCUUUGCCGGUUAACCAGUCGAAUAACCUCCUAAUGGCUGACUUCUGUCGCCGUACAGUCAGCACAAUUUGGCAUUACCACGGAGGAUGUGUUGUGGGGAGAGUGGUGGAUCGCGAUUUGAAAGUUGUCGGAGUUCAUUCUCUUCGCGUGGUGGAUGGUUCCACUUUUACAGUCUCACCAGGGACCAAUCCACAGGCUACUCUUUUGAUGCUUGGCAGGUACAUGGGGAUGAAGAUAUUGCGAGAAAGAAUGCACAAGUCAAGUGUUUGAUCAUUUUUCCUGCUCUUGCCACUGACUGAUAUUGUUGCAUAAAUAGAAUAGCUACCAAGAUAGGUGGUGGUUGUGUAUAGAUAUAUGCAGUAAACAUGCGUGUGUGCUGAUUCAUUCUUUUAUAAAACUACGUACAGAUAGUUUAGAACCGUGUUUUGGUUGUUGUAUGUUCCUCUGCUGGUGUCUAUAUAUUGAGCUUGAACUUAGUAUAGUAGCAAUCAAGGUAUCCAUAGAAAUGGCCGGGUGUGUUGUUUGUAGAUCAUCCUUAUUCGGCAGGUUCAAGGUCUUGGUUCUACAGGCUGCCUACAUAGUGUAUU